GGGCUAUGUUUUUACUCUGGUUCUCUGGAAAUCUAAUCUUUUAGUUUAAACUAAACCUGUUUGCUGAACAAAGUAUAUGUUUAGUUACAUGGAUUCUUGAGAUUGAAAAUGCUUGGAAGCGAGUAGAAGUGAUUUGGUGCUCUUACUUUUGAUUCACAUGGAGACUUGUGAGUUGUGACUUAGUUUGUCAUUGAUAUUUUGAGAAAAAAAAAGUUGAAUGAACAACAUUUUUGUUCACUUUAUUCUAUUAACUUUCAUUGUACUAAUAUAUGAUGUCAUGCAAAACAGAAAUUGGGCUAGGAUUAACUGGAUUUGGCGUAUUGUUCUCAUUUUUUGGAAUUAUCUUCUUUUUUGACAAGGGGUUGCUUGCCAUGGGAAAUAUCCUUUUCAUAUCAGGAGUGUCCUUAACCAUCGGUCUGAAAUCCACCAUGCAAUUUUUCAUGAAGCGCCAAAAUUUUAAGGGAACAAUUUCAUUUUUGGUUGGCUUCUUUUUUGUUGUCCUUGGAUGGCCCAUCCUUGGCAUGAUAUUGGAGGCAUAUGGAUUUAUUGUGCUCUUCAGUGGCUUUUGGCCAACAUUGGCAUUGUUUAUACAGAGGAUACCUAUUCUUGGUUGGCUUUUCCAGCAAUCAUAUAUCCGAUCGUGGUUAGACCGAAACCAGGGCAAGCGGGUACCCGUGUAAUCACACAUACGAGAGAAAGAUGAAUUGUAAAUCUGUAGAAAAUUGUUUUGAAGAAGACUGUUGUGCAAUUUUUAUUUUUCAUUAUUAAUUCCCUGUUUUGUUGA